AAUCCUUCCAUUCAGCAGAGCGGCCAGCUCAGCCGUGUGUGUGCGAUCCGAGCUCCGGGGAUCUCCGUGCCAUGGAUCGGCCGAUCUCCCAUACACACUGCGACUGAAACUUCUCCCCGGGACCCUUCCGCUCUGUAUGGAUGUGUUGGCCCCUGACAUGCCCCCCCAGUGACUGGCAUCACCCGAUGGAGACAUGGCAUGUGUGGGGGGCCCUCGGUGAUCUCUGACCGGUGUGGUGCCCCCGGCCUCUGGAUAUGGGACCCUCUGUGCUGGUGUGGGGUGCCCUCUGCUACUGCCUGCUGCUGCCCCCUGUGUCUGCUGCGGUGGAUGCCGAUGAUGUCAUCACCAAAGAGGAACAGAUCUACCUCCUUGGCGUAGCAAAAGGAGAAUGUGAAGAAAAGUUGAGUUUGAAGAAGACAAAUGGAGGUUGUCGCAAGGAAUGGGACGGGAUACUGUGUUGGCCGGAAGGAGAGCCGGGAAGUUUGGUGUCCACGCCUUGCCCGAAAUAUAUCUACGACUUCAACCACAAAGGUCAAGCGCAUCGCCGCUGUGACAUGAACGGCAGCUGGGAGCUGGUGCCAGGCAACAACCGCACGUGGGCGAACUACACCGAGUGCGCAAAAUUCCUCUCCAACGAGACCAGAGAACGGGACGUUUUUGAUCGACUUCACCUAAUUUACACCGUCGGGUAUUCCAUGUCGCUGGGAUCGCUGACCGUCGCGGUGCUCAUAUUAGGAUACUUCAGGAGACUGCAUUGCACUAGAAAUUAUAUCCACAUGCACCUCUUUGUGUCCUUCAUGCUGAGAGCCAUCAGCAUCUUUGUGAAAGACGCCGUCUUGUAUUCCGGGUACGUUCUGGAGGAGAUGGAACGCUUCUCUGAAGAAGACUUGAAAUCGAUCACCCACGCUCCUCCAGUAGACAAGUCGCAGUUUGUGGGCUGCAAGGUGGCCGUUACUUUCUUCCUUUACUUCCUGGCCACAAACUACUACUGGAUCCUCGUGGAGGGACUCUACCUGCACUGCCUCAUAUUUAUGGCUUUUUUCUCCGAUAAGAAAUAUCUCUGGGGAUUCACACUUUUUGGUUGGGGUGUUCCGGCUGUAUUUGUGACGAUCUGGGCGCGGGAAAGAGCCACGUUUGCAGAUACAGAGUGCUGGGACCUCAGUGCAGGGAAUUUAAAAUGGAUCAUACAAGGUCCGAUCUUGGCUGCUACAGUGGCAAACUUUUUUCUUUUUAUUAAUAUUGUUAGAGUAUUAGCAACCAAACUAAGAGAGACCAACGCGGGGCGAUGCGACACGCGACAGCAGUACAGGAAGCUGCUGAAAUCGACGUUGGUGUUGAUGCCUCUGUUUGGUGUUCACUAUAUCGUCUUCAUAUCUCUGCCGUACACGGAAGUGACGGGGGUGGUGUGGCUCGUACAAAUGCACUAUGAAAUGUUGUUCAACUCUUUCCAGGGAUUUUUUGUUGCUAUUAUAUACUGCUUCUGUAAUGGGGAGGUACAAGCAGAAAUUAAGAAAUCUUGGAGCAGGUGGACCCUGGCACUCGAUUUUAAGAGGAAAGCCAGAAGCGGAAGCACAACCUACUCUUACGGACCUAUGGUCUCCCAUACGAGUGUUACCAACGUCACCACAAGGGGACCCUUGGCCUUACACCUCAACACCAGAUUCGUGUCCGCAGCCCUGAACGGCCACAGGAACUUACCGGGCUACGUAAAAAACGGCUCGAUCUCCGAAAACUCUAUACCGUCCUCGGGACCUGAGCAGUAUAACAAAGACGAGGAUUACCUCAACGGCUCCGGAGUCUACGACGCCGAAAGGCCCGCGGCGGAAGUUGUAGAAGAAGAAGAGAGAGAGACCGUUAUGUAAAUAUUUUCAUGACCGUCCAAAGUUUUCACACCCCUAAGAGGAGGGAAAAAAUCGAACAUUUCGCGGGGCAAAGACUUAAAGGAAAAAAGCCCCAGAUCUGAGGUUAAAGUGGAUCACUCACCUCCUUCUAUUUCCGGGUCAAGAAUACAUCUAUAUAAAUAUAUAUAUAUAUUGCACCAAUUGUUUUGGUGAAUGAUAAAAAAAAAUUAUCACAAUUUUGUCCGUCCUAACCGAUUUCUCCAAAUCACCAGAGCACAAAACAUUAGUAAUUUUGUGCAUUUAAUUUUUUUUUUUUUUUUACAAUGUACCAGUUUGUUUUA